GGAAGAGAUGGCCGUGAUAGACGAGAUGGACGUGACGGAGCAAGUGGAGCUAAGGUUGGUAAUUUUUAACUUAAUGUUAUUAUAAGUUUUUUCCCCUGAGGUAGAUGGUCCGAGUUGCAACUUUCAUUUCAUUGUCUGUAGUAUUUUGUACACACAUAUACUGUAUAUUUAGCAAUUAUUGAAUGUCAGACUGAGUCGGAUGUGAAGGAUUAUGCAGAUCAAGGAGGAUGUUAUCCACCGAAGCUGGAGGCCGAGGUGGAUAACAUCCUCUGAGACUUGCAUAAUUCUUCACAUCACACAAAAGCCCAAUGGCCUUUUAACUCCGAUCCCCCCUUGUGACAAUUACAUCAUGCCUUGUUGUGACUGGCCCAUUUUUCUAGGAAGGCAAAACAUGAAAAUCUAGCUCUAUAAUUAAUUCUAUCACUUAUUCUGUCUCCAAAUAUGAAGUCUGUUGCUUUCUUGUAUUUUGAAAAAUCAGAAAUAUCCAAGUGGAAUGCUUUUACAUUGAGAAGACAAAUAAAGUUGCUGAUGAAAUGGCUCAAGCGAAUUCGAUGUAAAAGCAUACCGCUUAACCAAUUAUGAGCUUGAUGAGAGUGUCGUAGUUCCAUGAGGAGUGGAAGAAGGUGUGUUUUUUGUUUGUGUGGCUUUUUUCGUUUAGGGUGAAAAGGGUGAGGUGGGGAUGCCUGGACAAGAUGGGAAAGCUGGUAUUAAGGUACAGUAAAUAAUUUGUGCUUCACUAUUAGCUUAACACUUUGCAGGGGGGACAAGAACUUUGAAACCAUACCGAAAUUAGCGGCAGUCAGUCAAACAAGCCAGAGAAAAAUGGAAAACCCAACCAUAUGUUAAGCUAACGGAAACCUCCAAUGAAAAUCUUGUUCCACAGUUUCUGCUUGUAUUCCUUUGAAAUAAUUUAAGAUUCUUGGGACUUCGCAGAAACCUUUCCCACAAAAAUGAUUGCACUUCCCGUAAAUGCUGAGCAAAGGAGAAAACAAAACAAAACAAAACAGGUAAAGAAUAAAUUCAUAACAGUCAAUUAAACGGGCAGAGGCAAAGCCAACACAGUGCUCAACUUGAACUCAAGAUUUUGGGCAGUUUUCUUUCUUUUUGGCUGGAUAGUGACCAGAAAAUUUGUUUAACUAGCUUUAAGGGAAUGCCAGCUGAAGAACCUCUAUAAACUGGGUUCCAAGCGGCCUCUAAAUUUGAAAUACUGAGUGGAAUCCUAGUUUCUUUUUCUAAACCCUCGGUUUCUCCAUGCAACCCUUCAAUCAUUGGAGCCGGCAAAACUGUCCUCUUUCCCCCAUUGUAAUUUUAGCCUUGGUUAUCUGAACCUGCCAAUCCAUUUUAUCAUGGAUAAAACAUUUUGAACAGCUAUAGAAACACUUAUUGAUGUGGUACUAAGCGGCCUUAGUUUCUUUGAAAUAAUUCCAGUCAUUAUGGCUGAGUUUGCUUUCAACUUGCAAAGUGAAACUAGCAUAAUGAAAUAUCACAGAGGUACAGUUAGUUAAUUGCUUAAACUGAUUAAUGUAAUCCUUGCUACGACCGACUGUUUUCAGUGAUUUUCCUUUUAAACGGUGCCGCAGGGACGCAGGACAGGGACAGUCAAUUAUGUUAUUCUACCACUUAAUUCGUUUUAAAUUUCUUACACAGUGUUAUAGUGCUCAGCCAUAAAGUGAACAACAAUGAUUAUUGGUGUUUGCAGUUGAUUUUGGAAACUAUCCAAUAAUACUGACGAGUUUGAUUUUAAGAAAAAAUAAAGGGUAAAUAAGGCUGGCAGUUGGGGGAACCAGCACUUGACAUAGAUCGUUCAUAUGUGUGUUUAUUUUUACCUUUUCCACAUUCAGUUACGUUUUUGUCUUCUUUUGUUAAUUUAUUCUCAAAAAAUAAUAACAAAUUUUAUCACGGUUCAGUUUAUUUGGCUUGUUAACCGAAAUUAGUACAGCCAAUACUGAAAAUGAAAUAUUUUAAGUAAAAAGACAGACCAUCGACCACCUAAGCUUUGCACAGAUAUCCAUGUGUGAAUCAGAUCAGAAACUGACUUGUUUCAUGGGCUAUAUUAAUUUACUGGAAUUACCUAAAAGGGGACAUACGAGAAAAAUGAAACAGUGAACAUUUGUUUACAUAAUUGCAUUUUGCUAUCUAAUUAAUUUGCUAACUUCUACCAUUUUCCAUCUGGGUGAGAAGGGACCUCAUGGAGACAAAGGAUCACAAGGAGAGAAAGGAAUGCCUGGAACGUGUGAUGCUAAGGUCUGGCGCUGGUCUUAUACUUCAUGCAAAUAAUGCUUUAACUUGUUCUGCCCGUACUAAAUAUAUAAUCUCUUCUCGGCUUACGAUUUUCCGGGAAACUUUACUUUUUGAGGGUUUUUUCCUCUUAAAAAGUAAUAAAGUUAUUGAUAGCUAGCAAAAAAUAGAUGUUGUGAUUUUGAAUUUGAUAUCUCCUAUUAGAAAUUCAGAAUUUGGCUUCCGAACGUGAAGGCGGAUAUGGGCAUUUUUACCUUUUAAUUUGUUGCGCGUUAUCACACCAGACGGUUAUUUGUUUUCCAAAAUCUGGAAAAACUCAUAUGGAACCUAAUAUGGUUUACCAGAAUUUGAUGAGAAAGAGCCAAAAUCUUUGUGUAUCCUUGAUUUUCUUUGAGGACAGUAAAACCGUUACUUGCCUUAGUAGGGCUAACAAUUUAACUCAUUUAUGAUGUCACUUACCGAAGAUAAGAAAAGCUAAGGUGGAAAUUAAAGAUUUAAAGAAUAAGAUAAAAGAAAAUGACUGAUUGAUAAGGUUCACCUGCGUUUAACUAUCUCGCGAGGUGCUUUAAAAAACCCUAACCUGGUUGAGAAAAUCUAUUGUUCUUGCUUGAUUUGCAUAACCCGGUUAGAACUCGAUUAAGACUUCAGAAAACCCGGCCACACUCAGUAACGCGCAAUUUUUAUAACGUUUCGUUUCCCUUUUUUCUGUUAUGCAUUUUAGAGCUUAUCGUCUACUGCAUCAGCUUGCUGUUCAGCCGGUAAGGACAUGUGAAUUAUUUAUUGUGGCACCGGGUAAUGCCACUUUCACAUUUUUUUAGAGACUAAGAAAUUUCAUUUAAUGCAAGUGAGAGGAAAAGGUCAGUUUGGAAGACGGAAACGAGUGAUCUUAUAUGGUGAAUCAAAUUAUACCGUCGAACCAUUCUACAACGGCCAUCUUGGUUACGGAGAUAAGAGGCCACUGUAGAAAGGCGAGUCAGCUUCGAGUGGCCUUUGAGACCAGUACUUUCUUUUGGAAAAGGGUAGAAAAUUUGUAGUUUUUUAAACUACAGAUUAAUCUAUAUAGGUUAAUUAAACAAAAACAAUAAAAAAUAAAGUUAACUAAGCAAAGGGAAGAAGGUACAGGAAUAUAUCAGUUGGUGCUUCACUCGCUUUUAAAUGGCCGUUUUAGAGAGGUUAGCCCUUUAAGCCCUAAGAGUGAUCAGCAUCAAAUUUCUCCUUGUACUAUUGAUGCUUUGUAAAACAGAGUGGUCAUGAGAAUUACGGACAUGAUCACACAAGAUGAAUUUGAUGAAUAUUUUAUCAACUUCUCCCCACUACUUCUGUAGGAAAUGGAUAGUGGCAACAAAUGAGAAUUCAUAUUUUGAUCUUAGGGUUUAAAGGGUUAAAACGAAAGUGGAUUUACUGGUUGUCCGCCGGGACAGAAGAAGGUGGCCACUAGGAGAGGUUCGACUGGAUUUUUAUGAUAAUUGGUUAAUAAAAGUGAAAGCCUAGAAUGUGCUAAAGUUGUUGUUUCAAAGUCGAGUACCAUCCUUUUCUAUGGCGGAAUCCAUUUUAAACCUCUAAAAUUACGUCACAAAUCGCGAAGAUCUGAGGAGUAGGCACAUUCCACAAAAGAUAAACGAAUUCGCCUCGUUGGCACUUGCCAGAAGGUACCCCUAGUAGUCCUUCCUAAUUCUUUCCAGUCUAAUUCCUGAACCUGGAAUUGUUUCAGGUUUAAAGAAAUACGACCAGAUCACCGACUAUUUUAUUAAUAUUCUCACUAGUAGCGCUCACUAAUAUACUCACUAUUUUUUAAAUAUUCGUUCUGAAGUGGUUUAGCGUGAGUGGUAGACAGCUUUUAAAUGAUCUAGCUAUAUAUGGUAAUGGUUCAUAAGUAUAUUCAUGACCAAAUACCCAGCCAUCUUAACGGGAAAUUUAUUCAGCCGUCGAAGAUUCACGACAAAAACGCUAGAAGCGGUGGCGAAUUAGAUCUGCCAAUCCGUAGGCUGAAAAUAAGACAACGAUUAUUUGCUUUUCGAGGUGCAAAGUUAAGAACAACAAUCUCCCAAACGAGAUUAAGGAAACUUCUAGUGAUACAAAAAAGUUUGAGGCAAAGUACUGUAAUUACUUGUUAAGUUUGUAAAUGUCUAGAUUCUUAGUAAAAAUAAUGGGAUUGAUGGGAUAUUUCUAGAAUUAGUUUUUAGUAUUGACAGCGGAAGAGCCCUUGUCAGAAAAUAAAGAUUAGGCAGGACGAAACAAGUUUGUAAAACAGCGUCACUAAAACUGGGCCUCAUCUUGGGGUAAAUUUUGUUGUUUUGUUGUUAUCAGUUGUAACAAGAAAUGAAUUUACUAUAUUCUUACUUUGUGUUUCUGAUUUGAUGAAGAUUGCUCCUCUGGUUUCCACUUCUUUGAGAAAGUUCAAGAUCUUCCAACCCUAGGAGCAGUGUACGUGGAUCAUUUCACUAUUGAUGGAAGUCUGUUUCUUGCUUUUGCCGACUACUAUGGUGACAUUAAGAAACACAAGACAAGCUCCAUGAUCUACAAGAUGGACGAGUUGACAGGAAAAUUUUCCUUAUACCAGACCCUACAGACUAGAGGAGCCAGUUGCCUUGAGCACUUUUCAAUCGCUGGUAUACAUUUCAUUGCUGUUUCUUAUGUUUACGAUGGAACAUAUCAGUUGGACUCCACAAUCUAUCAAUGGAAUGGAAAGCUGUUUGUUGACUUUCAGAAAAUAUCUACUUACGGAGCAACCCACCUCACCCAUUUCAGGAUAAGUGGCGAAACUUACCUUGUUUUUGCAAACAACUAUGAUGGAAGUACAUAUUCAACGAAAUCAGUAGUCUACAAAUGGAACAGCAACAAAUUUAUUAAGUUUCAGGAAAUAGCAACUGAAGGUGUUCAUGGAUGUACGGGGUUUGUCAUAAACAACGACACUUUCAUUGCUUUUGCAAAUUAUUACAACUCCCAACACAAGCAUUCUGUUCAGUCUACUGUGUUCAAGUGGACUGGGGGACACUUUGUCAAACUGCAGUCUCUUCAGACAUAUGGUGCCCGAGACGUGAGGUCCUUUAACAUCAACGGUCACACUUUCCUCGCUUUUGCCAACUUUUAUUCUGGAAGUAAAUACAACUUCGACUCCUUCAUUUAUAAGUGGAAUGGAAACACGUUCGUCCUGUUCCAGUCCAUUCCUGGUCGAGGUGGUAUUGCAUGGUUUCCAUUUGUGAUCAGUGGUCGAACGUACCUGGGUUUAGCUAAUCACAAUGGUGACGGUCAGGGAAAAAGCGUUAAGUCGGUUGUGUACCAGGCCUUUGGAGCACAGUUCAUCAAGUACCAAGAGAUUCCAACACACGGAGCGCAUGAUUUGACGUCAUUUGAGUACAAAGGUCAUACCUAUCUGGCAGUGGCAAACUCUCACAACGGUCAGAAAUAUAACAUAAAUAGCGCCCUGUACAAGUGGGUUUAG